AUGGAGAUGAAGGCCUGGCAGCGCGUGCGCAUCACUGUUGUGAUGGCGGUCGCGUACACAGCGGAGCAUGCAGAGGCGAUGCUGCUUGGGGCCAUGUACCUGGCAAUCGGGCGCUCUCUUGACAUUGGAGCCUCCAAGCUUGGGACUCUCAGCAUGUGGCGCGCACUCGUGCAGGCGGUCAGCAUCCCAUUUGUGGGCGUGGCGGGCAAUAUGUACAACCGCAUCCAUCUCAUCGCUGUAGGGACACUGAUCUGGGGCUGCAUGGGCGUCGGCAUGGGAUUCUCCAAUAACUACUCCGAGGCGGCUGCGUGGUGCGCGCUGAAUGGGGUGGGCCUGGCAUUAGUCAUGCCAUGCGUGCAGUCCAUCAUCGCUGAGGUGUACCGUGCCAAAUCGCGCGGCAGAGCCUUCGGCAUCAUCUUCACAACAUCCGCUUUAGGUGGCAUGGCGGGCAAUUUUCUUGCCAUCACCUAUGCCAACAAAGAAAUUGCUCACCACGAGGGGUGGCGAAUGAUAUUCUUCACAACUGCCGGAGUGGCGGCUGGAGCGACUCUUUCUGUGCUCUUUGGGGGAUUUGAGCCCCGCAGUCUGCGCCCAAAAGAGAAGGUGGAAGAGGAUGCGCCAAAGCAGUCAUUUCUGCAGGCGGCCUGGGCGGGGAUUUGCUUAAUUCUCAAAUCCACGUGGUCCGUGUUCCGUAUACGGUCCUUCCAGAUCAUUUUAGUUGCGGGCAUCGUGGGUGUCAUCGCGCAUGUCAACAACGGCUACAAGAUCAUGUACUUCCAGCUGCUGGGCUUCUCAGAUCUUGCCACGGCGACGCUGAGCAUGUGCACUACGCUGGGACUAGCAGUUGGUUUCUUUGUGGGCGGGGCAUUCGGAGACGCGCUGUCCGUGUGCUGGCCCAACGCAUCGCGCCCCUUUAUCAACCAGCUCUCAAUGGCCCUCGCUGGCCCUCUGGCUGCCGUGCUGUAUAAGGCCAUGCCCGGAAAUUCAGCGCAUGCAACAGGGGUGCCCGGCAGCCUGGACAAAUACCUGCCAGCCUACGGCGCGCUGCUAUUUGCCAUCGCACAAUUUGCCUCCUGGCCGGCAUCCAACAAUGCGGCCAUAUUUGCAGACGUUGUCCCAGAGGCAGUGCGCACGUCAGUGUACGCCUUUGACAAGUGUAUCAUCGGGGCGUUGGGAGCCGUGACAACGCCCCUGGCCGGACUGCUGGCAGAAAAGGUCUUCGGCUUCGUGCAUGUGUCCACGCACAAAGCCAAGCACGCCAGCGGAGGAGGGCACGCCGCUGUACACGCGCCCCCACCCGCCGGGGCAUUAGCGGCGCAGCAUGCAAACAACCUCAACAAUGCGCGCGCUUUGGAGAACGGACUUUUGUGCAUCAUGCUGAUUCCGAUGGCGCUCAAAUUCUUCAUCUACUUUGGGCUGUACUACACGCUGCCGCGCGACCGCAUAGAGGAAGUGGAUGAAACUGGUUCCAAAGAGGCAUCGGUGGCCACGGGGGAGAAGGGGAAGGGUGACGAAGCCGCCGAUCUGCCGGGCAGCCCGCGAGAACCGGACGGGCCGACGGCGCCGGCCAAAUCUGGUGUGAGUCCGAGUCUGCCCAAGGCAGGUGCCAGCAGCCGCGCGCAGUCGCUGCGCCAGACUUCGUCAUUCGGCAGCACCCGUUAUUCCUCCCUGCCCGGCUCCGGAGUAGUCACCCGCGAUGCUCUGCGCGCCGGCCUUGCCAGACAGGUGGUACAGAGUGCGGGCCCGGACCCCCCGGUCCCGGAGGGGGAUGAGGAAUCGGAUCGCCGUAUUCUGGAGAGGCAGUCGCUUGGGGGGCCCAGCGGGGGGUCCCUGGGGGUACCCAUUGGCGGCGUGGGGGGGUCCCUGAGGGGACUCGCUCAGAGCCUCAGCUUCCGCGGCACAUCUGUCGAGAGCGUCAGCAAAUUUCUUGCGCUCGAAAUGACGCCCCCUGUACUGCCGGGGAAAACCCCGCAGCCCUCCCCUGACCGAAAGGGGACUGUGUGA